GCCGUUUGAAGUCCAAGUCUAAACUUGAAAAUCCCACCCGACAUAAAUACAACCAUCAAACGAACUCUAACUCAACCUGAAAUUUAAAAUUCUUCUCCUCACCAAGAACAUUGACCAAAGACAGAUUAAUCUUGAAGCAUGACGGGCCUGGUAAUGGUGAGAGUUGGAUGUGGUGGUGCUGGUAAAGGAAACAAAGGAAACAGAGACAGUGAUGAAGAACAGAACCAGCUUUCACUGGCGGAGAUUCUUAUAGCAGCUCUCAAAAAAUCAAUGAUGUCCUGUCAUGUUGAUAGAGAUGAAGAUGUUAUCUCUACGGUUGAUAAUAUGGAUAUCGGCUGGCCUACUAAUGUAGAACACAUAACCCACGUCACCUUUGAUCCUUUCAAUGGCUUUCUUGGUCUUCCUGUUGAGUUCGAAGUUGAGGUCCCAUGUCAAGUUCCAAGUGCUAGUGCUAGUGUGUUUGGCGUCUCAGCGGAAUCAAUGCAACGCUCUUUUGAUUCAAGGAGGAAUAGUGUCCCCACUAUUCUCUUGCUAAUGCAGGAACGUUUAUACUCACAAGAAGGCCUUAAGGCAGAGGGAAUUUUCCGAAUAAACCCUGAGAAUAGUCAGGAGGAGCAUGUGAGAGACCAGCUGAACAGGGGCAUUGUGCCAGACAAUAUUGAUGUCCAUUGUCUGGCUGGCCUUAUAAAAGCCUGGUUCCGAGAACUUCCAUCAGGAGUGCUGGAUGGACUUUCACCAGAGCAAGUUCUCGAUUGCAAUACAGAGGAAGAAUCUGUUGAGCUUGUGAAGCAAUUGAAGCCAACUGAGGCUGCAUUGCUCAAUUGGGCUGUUGAUCUUAUGGCUGAUGUUGUGGAGGAAGAGGAAUCCAACAAAAUGAAUGCGAGAAAUAUUGCGAUGGUUUUUGCUCCAAAUAUGACACAGAUGUCUGAUCCAUUGACGGCUUUGAUGCAUGCUGUUCAAGUAAUGAACUUGCUCAAGACCCUAAUUACCAAAACUCUGAGGGAACGUGAAGAUACAGCAACUGGAGGAUAUUCACCAAUGUUAUCACAUUCAUCUGGUCAGCAAACUGAUGAGGAAUAUGAUAGUCAGCAAGAGAGGGAUAGCAGCUGUGAAUUGAGGGGGCCAAUAUCAGAAUAUGAUGAUAAUGCACAUUACAGCCACAGUAGUGAGGAUGAAGAUGAAAUUGAGUCACUCGGUGAAGUAGAAGAAUGCUUCUUGAGGCAAUUGGAUGAGAACAAAAAUGUCUCAAAUGGUGGUUUCUUAAAGCAGCCAGUGGGUGAUUUGCAGGGAGAGUAUGCAAGUCCCAGAAGUUUUUCUGGGUUUAAUCCUGAGUCUGGUAUUUCUUUUACUGAUAGCAAAAGCUCUUGUUCAAGUGAUGGAGAAGACUCGAGGACAAGUAUGAUUGCUGUAGAGCAAAACAUCAACAAAACGGGUCCAUCAAAAGGCAUUGAAAACACAAAGGAUGUGGAAAUGGUCGAGAAAUUAGUGGAGUCAGCAUCAAUCAUGAGUGUCCAAUAAAUCUGUCUGACUAUCAUUCUCACGGUUAGGAAAAAUACUUUAUUUGCCCAUUUUGGUUUUCUUGCUCUCUCUUCAAUCAGAGGGUUAUUUCUGUAAAUUGAUAUUGCUUGAAGUUUGGGGGUUUUGCUUGAACUGGGUUGGGUGCGUUUGCUUGUGGUGGUGGAUGAUUGAGAAAGCCGGUCGUGGUUCAGCUUGGGCUGAACAUGUACUAGUUCUAUGUUGAUGUUCUAGAUUGUAAAAGAAAUUUAACCUUGACUUAUUUAAGAUUUAGUAUUCCGGAAGUCUAUUUGUGGAUGAUU